GUUAUAUCGAGUUGUUUGUUUAUUUCCAACUGGUACUGGACCAAAUAUUAAUUUAUUUACACAACUGCUUAAAAAACUAUGGUUGAGUGUCAUACGACUGAUACGUCACAUUACGUGUAAUUCUAGUCAAUAAAGAACAUGCAGAACAAAGAAGUGCCUGGUGGACAAGAAACAGUGCUGUUAAGAUACCCACUUCCCAAGUAUGACUUUCAGGGACGAAAACUUGCUAAAACGCCAGCUGAAAUGACCGAUAAAUGUCGAACCAAUUUAAUACAAGAAACUGGUUUAACGACUGAAGUUUCCAAAAAGCAUGACAGUGACCAUGGGUUAAAGAAUGAAAAAGAUGCCAAAAAUAUGAAAGAGAAGGAAAUCAGAACACAAAAUAUCAGUGUUUGUAGCAGCGUCAAUAACGUACAACCGAUUUCUUCAAGCUCUAGUCAGACUGUUCAACCACAGUCAAAUAUAUCUUCGGCUGUAAUGGGUCAUCGUACAGAAAUUUUGUCGUCAAACACCUCUCAGUCUUGUACCGUGUCCAUAGAUACACAACCAGUGUGUGUAAGCUGCCGUUCUACCAAAGAGAAAGACAAUUCAAGUGGUUUUUCUGAACAUCGCACAAUUCAAGUAUCUUCCAGUUCCUCAAGGUAUGAACCUGCCAAGUCUUCCGGUCCUGGUGGAAGUCCGUCGUCUCAGUGGCAAACUCAACAAGCAUUUUUAUUAAAUAGUAAUCAAGAAUCGAAGUUGAGGGAAGAAAAUGAAUCUCUGAAAAGUCAACUGACUGUUCAGUUGAAGGUGAAUUCUGAGUUGAAGAAACUGCUGAUAGCAUCGGUUGGCGAGGAGCUGGAGACGAGAGUUGAAAGACUUGUCAGGGAUAAGGCGGAGCUGUCUGAAGAAGUGGGGGGAUUUACAAAGAAAGUGACAGAAGACUACGAGAAUCUCGAUAAGAUCUCCAUCCAGGCCGACAUGUGGAGGAGCAAGUUCCUAGCCAGCAGGGUAAUGGUGGAGGAACUAGCUAGUGGGCGGGCAUUUUACGCCAUGCAGUACCAGGAAUCCCAGGAUGCACUGCAGCAGCUGUUGACGGAAAGACACGAAGUUCGUGCUCAUCUACUUGAAUGUUACAGAGUUCUACAACAAGUGAAAGGUGCCUUUGAUCCGCUGAACACUCACCGCUCCUCACACCUGCCUUCCACCAACGUGAUCGAUCUGUCUAAACAGGCACACCAGCUUGCCGAGGCAAUUCGAUUCCGGCUGUUGCCUGGGCAACUCAACCUCCAAACUGUGAUAGAUAUAGACAGCGACAGCGAGAUGACUCAUGCGGAGCGCUUUGCUCAGGAUCUUGUGUCAAGACCUAUCAACCCCGACGCAGUGCCUUGUUCUGCGUCAUCUUCGUUUAAACUGUUUGGACCAGAAUGUUCCAGAAUCGACCGCUUCCAUCCAGAAGUGAACUUUGAAAACCUCACAUUCAACUGCUGUGCUCAAUGCAAGGGUGAAAUUAAUGUUGUGUAAUCCGCAGGGCUUCUAGAUUAUGGUAGCCCCACUCCCAUGGCUAGUGAUAUUCAGUGUCGGGCUAGUA